UGGGCUUAUCAGAUGGAAACUGUACGGUACUUCGCCCACGGGGUAGCGACCUGGAAUAUUUAGAGAUGUAUAUACGUCUACCUGGCAGGGAUGGUACUGCGUUUAGUCUUCUGGAAUAUCUCAGAGAGCAAACAGGACAUAUGAAAGAAGUAAUAAUCUACUUAGCGAUCAAAAAUGGCGUCGAAUAUGCGAAAAAUCCAUUCAUCUUUGCCUUUAGAUAACUUUAUACGAGAAUCAAUUGACGAGGAUGACAAUCAAGAAGCAUUAGAAGACUGGGAACAGGAAAAUGACGACGUUGAUGACGUCAUCACUUUAAGGGCGCCUUCACCGGAAACUAAAAAACACGAAAAGCGCUCGAGUUCUGUCCCACCAAAAGUCAGAAAUGGAAUGGUGGACAAAGAUGGCAUGUCUAAAUCUAAAAGUUUUUGGCAAAAGAAAAUCGAUGUUUACGAAGUCGAUAAGUUGAUUAAUCCAUUUAGUGACUUCUGGGGUCAAGACCGCUCGCAAUAUCUGAACGUUUUGGAAAACGCUAAGGCUGUGUGGAAAGGCGCCGAUAAACGCACGAAAUUGACAAAAGCAGACGACAAAUAUGGUCACGUGGUCGAAGGGACGUUAACGGAAUACCGGGGGAAGAAGGCUAAAAACUUCAUCGCGGGUAAUAUAAUUGAGUGUUGUGAAACCAUACGGAGUCUUGCAGGUCAGCAACAGCCUGAUGGAACGUAUCAAAUUGCUUUUGGACUAUUGUUCAAGGCGUACGAGAGAAUUAACGACAAACUUGUUGGGUUAUUGGUGCGCGCGAGACGCCACAAUUUGUUGGAGUUUCCUGGAGAGAUGUUGUACCAGGGUCAGGAUGAUCGCGUCUUAAUAACGCUGUACAAAGUUCCCACACUGGACGAACUGGAACUCAAAUAUAUGGAGUUUAGUAAACCGACGGAACAGAAGAAUCCUGAACAUAGUGCGCAGUGAUUUUUUGGACGUUAGCCACGCUUAAAAAACGUAAUUGACGUUAAAAUGAUUACUGACGAUUACGUUACAGAUAUAUGGAGUUUAGUAAGCCGACGGAACAAAAGAAUCCUGAACAUAGUGCGAAGUGAUUUUUUGACGUUAGCCACGCUUAAAUGACGUUUAAAAUGAUUGCUGACGUAUACGUUACACUUAUGCAAAAAUAAUGUUAUUGAAAUAUGAAUACAACUAGAGAUUUAUUACUGUAUUAAUUGCAAAAUAUAAAUGUUAAUGACAUGGCUAUAGUGACGUUUGUCGUAUGACGUUUGAUAUAACGUCAGUCAAUACGUCUUAACUAACUGAAUAAGUAUAACAUUUACAAUCAAUGGAGCGUGCAAAAAAUAGCGAAACUGUGGUUAAAAAAAACGCCAAGUCUUUCGUUUGUAAAUGCUGUUUUUACUUUUAAUUUUGCUUGUCAAAACUAUUGAUAUCAUUUAUUUCAUGCACAUUUUAUUUCUAAAUGAUAUUCAAAGUAGCCCGAAGCAAAACUGAUUUUCUUACACAAGAAUCGAGUUUCUUUUCUAUAUUCGUUUAUGCAAAUUUAUAAAAACAAACGUGCAUUUAUAUUUAUUGUUACUCCACGUAACGCGAUGCUUCUCAGUCGUAUAAUUGUAUAAUUAUGAUAUUAACCCAUAACUAGGCCACACCAAAAUGAUUCUAUGUUUAGCGUCAUCAAGCUGGUAGUUUUUAAUCUUCAGAAUGGCAAUGAUAACAUUUACCAAAAUCUAGAUUAAGCAAAGAAAUAAUAUUUUCUGGACUUAUCAAUUUAUAUAAUAUCUGAGUAAAGAAAUGUAGCAUUAUUGUGAGAAGAUCAACUUUCGUGAGGUAUAGACAUUUUUGGGCGAAAUCUGCUAUGAAGGACAUAUGUUGCAAAGAUAAUACAGUAGUCUUUUUCCUGACUGGUCGGUAGGAACCAGAGGCUAAAUAUAUUAUCAGUUCGGUAUUGCCUUAUGCCUAUUCCUCUGCAGCCAAUUGUAUUAUACUGGAUAAGUUAUCCACUGGAUAUAUUUUGGUUAGUUUGCAGAUAAAAACAAUUUCAUUGGUCAACAAAACUAUUGGAUAAAAAUAUUGACCAAUCAGUAUACACUUGGCUAAUUUAAACCAAACCAAGGAAUUAACCAAGCUUUGGUAAUUUGUCCACAGGUAAAGCGUUGGGCAAUUUACUCAUUAAAUAACUCCAUUGGCCAGUAGCUAUUAUUAAAUAAAUAUUGACCAAUCAAUAAACGAUUUGGAUAACUUUGAUCAAACCGAAAAUUUAACCAGUUUUUUUUUACAGUUGGCUAGAGUUGUAUAAGAUAGGCUGUUUAUAGAUGGACAAGAUAGGUGAUAGUUGUCUAUUACUCAGUGUUUUAUGAACAUUCGAAUGAAUAUUAUGAUUCCAGUGUAAAUAAGAUUUCUAAUUUUUGAUUCGUUGUAUUAUUUUUAGUUGUUAGUGCUGUUUAUAGCAAGUCAUGACUACAGCUAUGUUUCAUAGAAAUGUUUUCAAGAAAUGAAAUUAUUGACAAUUACAUUAAGGAUUAUAUUAUAUAUAAUCUGUUAUUAACAACUAUUGACAACACAUUAUUUUACAAUUAAUUGAUUAUAAUCAUUAUUAUAUAUUCCAAAUGUACGUAUGUGCCAGAGAAAGUUUUCCAGUUAAUAUAUUUCGUGUAAAAAUACAGCCGAACUCCGUUGGCUCGAGCUCGCUUGACUCGAAUUCCUCUUUGUCUCGAACUAGAUAUUAAGGACCGAUUUCUUUAUAUUGUAGGUAGAUAAUCCCACAUAGCUCGAAUUAUCCGAGGCUCGAGGUGUUUUGAUCGGUCCCUGAGAGUUCGAGCCAAUGGGGUUCGACUGUUUUGUUAUUCUAUGAAGCACAGUACCCAGUUAAACCAGUUGGGAGCGAAUUUACUACAGUAAAACUGAAAUUACUGUUGAACACUGGUCAGUACAAUGUUCUUCCUUGUUUGCGUUAAUAUCAUUAGGCUAAAUAAUAGUAUUUUUUGUUUACAUUAACAUCUCCAAAAACAUAGGGAAGGUGGGUAGGCAUAACUUUUUUAUACAUGUUUUGAUAGCCGGGAUUCUGUACCAAACCGAUCUAUAUCAGGGUAUAUAUUCACAAUUUUUUAUAAAAAAUUAAAUAUGAAAUGGUCAAAUUUUAACAUGUUCACUCUAAUAAAUUCAUGAAAUUACUAAAAACAUACAUAUUUCGACCAAAACGCGAAAAGUGUAGGGACGGGAGGAAAUAAAAGGAUCAAUCGGGUUAGUCGAAUAAAAGAAAAUAAUACGCCUUAGGCCUAAAAAAAUACUUUUGGUUCGGGUUGCCCGACCAAACCUACGUAAUAGGCACUCACCCUACCGUUUUUAUAGUCUGUUUGUGAUUAAAAAAAUAUAAUAAUAAUAAUAGCAAGAGUAAUAAUAAUAAUGAUAAUUUUAGUGAGUGUUCAAAAGCCUACCUACCCUACCUGUUUUUCAAUUGAUAUAAACCUAUUUAAACCAUUGUUUCGGCCGUAGGGACGUGAUUUUUCUCAGGUCUGUACUUUGUUUUAUAACGCUUUGUUUUUUUGUAAAACACUUAGAAUAUGAAUAACAACAUGCUUAACUGAAAGUAUAUUGCUUGGGUUUAAAAUAUACUAAUGUAUUUAUGAGUUGCUUUCGUACAAUAUGCAGUCCUAGUUCAUUUGUUAAUUGCAUAAACAUGUAAAUGUACUUUUAUAUUGUUUUUAUUUUUUGUUCCAAAAAUUGAAAUAAAUUCAGAACUCUUCAAA